AUGGCAUCCCCCAGAACCGUAACUAUCGUGGCCCUCUCAAUGGCCCUGGGACUAUUUUUUGUUUUCAUGGGGACUAUCAAGUUAACCCCCAGGCUUAGCAAGGAUGCCUACAGUGAGAUGAAACGUGCUUACAAGAGCUAUGUGCGAGCCCUUCCUCUGCUGAAGAAAAUGGGGAUCAAUUCCAUUCUUCUCCGCAAAAGCAUUGGAGUUCUUGAGGUGGCCUGCGGCAUCGUCAUGACCCUUGUGCCCGGGCGUCCCAAAGAUGUGGCCAACUUUUUCCUACUCUUGCUGGUGUUAGCUGUGCUCUUCUUCCACCAGCUGGUGGGUGAUCCUCUAAAACGCUAUGCUCAUGCCCUGGUGUUUGGAAUCCUGCUCACCUGCCGCCUGCUGAUUGCCCGCAAGCCUGAAGACCGGUCUUCUGAGAAAAAGCCCUUGCCGGGGAAUGCUGAGGAGCAGCCCUCCUUAUAUGAGAAGGCUCCUCAGGGCAAAAUGAAGGUGUCAUAG